AUGACUAGUGAAUUUGAGAUGAGUAUGGUGGGUGAGCUUAAGUACUUUUUGGGGCUUCAGAUUACUCAAUCAGAGGAAGGUGUCUUUAUCUCACAAAGCACCUAUGCCAGAAAUCUCUUGAAACGGUUCAAGCUUGACUCAGCCAAAGAAGCAAAGACUCCAAUGAGCACAACCACCAGUCUCACACGAGAUGAUGAGGGAACAAGUGUUGAUCCAACCUUGUAUAGAGGAAUGAUAGGGAGUCUCCUAUACCUCACAGCAAGCAGGCCUGAUCUGUGCUUAAGUGUUGGCAUAUGUGCUAGGUACCAAGCUAAACCAAAGCAGUCUCACCUUGAGGCUGUAAAGAGGAUCAUCAAGUACGUCAUGGGCACAGUUGAUCUAGGUAUCUGGUACUCAAAAGGAUCGAAUCAGAACCUAGUAGGAUACUGUGAUGCAGAUUGGGCAGGAAGUGCUGAUGACAGAGAAAGCACCAGUGGUGGAUGUUUCUUCCUUGGGAACAACCUCAUCUCGUGGCUCAGCAAGAAGCAAAACUCAGUGUCCCUCUCCACUGCAGAAGCAUAA